AUGUGGGAUAUUCUGGUGGCGGAUUUCAGUCCUCCUUUCCUUCUCACCACUCUCGGAGUAACGAUUACAUACUCGACCUCGGUGUCAUUUUCAAAGUUGUCGAUUCUCACCUUUUAUCUGCGGCUUUCACCAGAACGGACGUUUCGCAUCAUCGUGUACAUUCUCCUCGGAAUUGUGGCGGCAUACACUGUCGCGUACCAAUUGCUCAUCAUCUUUCAGUGUCAGCCAGUCAGCAUGAGCUGGGAUAUCAACGCGAAGGGGACGUGUAUUGGGAAACUAAUUCCGAUGAUGACGCUAAGCGUUGCCAACAUAUUUAUCGACAUUGUCAUUCUAUUAAUCCCUAUCAAGGUUGUGUGGUCAUUGCAGAUGGCGCGCCGGCAAAAGAUGUCACUAGUGCUGCUCUUUGCCACUGGUGGCUUUGUCUGUACUGCCGCGAUCCAGCGAACAAUAAUUCUACCACCGCUCCUUGAAAGUUCCGAUUAUACUUGGGAGGUACCCCCGCAGAUAAUAUGGGGUUUUGUCGAGAUCAACGCAGGAUUAGUAUGCGCGGCGGUGCCAGCGCUGAAGCCGUUCUUCAUGCGAUAUCUCCCCUUCAUCUUGUCAUCAAAACUCCGUUCCUCACAAGAACGAUCCGGAUAUGGCCCAUACUCAAACCCUAUAGAAAAGAGCAACAAGAAAAUGGGUGGUGCUCAGACGUAUGAACUCUCUAGCAGAGAUGAUAUGCCCGAGGGCUCCUCUGGAUCGAGGCGGGAUCCCAACGACGAUGAGGCGAAGUUGUGGUUGUCACAUGGAACACAUGGCAGGAGGAUGAGCACUCAGCAAGCCGAGUCGGACCUUGAGAACGACAAAAUACGAAAGGAUAAUGAUAGCCUUGACAGCCUUGAAAGCAUCAGCGAACAGCACUCUGACCGAGUAGGUCCCAAAACUAUUGUAUCAACUUGGGGGCGGGGGUCCGAGGAAGUGCAGUCGCCAAGUGGAGGCAUCAAUGUGACAAGGGAGACGAGGAUAUCAUAUUCAAAAAGAUGA